AUGGAGUUCAUGAGCCAGGAAGAUGCCACCGUAGUCAGAAGUAAUCAAAGGGCUGGAGGAGUGUGAGUGUGUGUGUCGUGUGUGUGUUUGUGCAUGUGUUUUGUGUGCCUGUGUGCGUGUGUAAGCAUGCGUGCGAGAGAGGAGUGUUGGUGAAUAAACCAUUCGACAAGCUAUGCCAGAGAUUUAUCGGCAUUUCGUGGUAAAAUGUUGCAGUUAAUUUCUUAUUGAACUUCAGUGAAUCAAUCUGACAAAUAGGAGGCCAUGCUAGCCAGCUGGCUCUACUGUAAGCAGGGAAUAUGUAUAUAUAUAUAUAAGGCAGGCAGGUGUCUUUUUCCACUUCUUCUCAUGAAUGAGUCAAGCAGUAUAGUGGAACAUAUGUCAUAUUUCAAAGCGAUGGUCAUGAGAUGUGUCUGAACAUGUCUUGUCAGAAUAGCAUACCUGAGUGUAGCACUUCCAACUCACAGACAUGUCCUGCUCCUAUAUAUUUUUCUUUAAAAUUCUACCUCUAAUCAUCCUGUGCGAAGUUUCCCUUAGAAGCAAAAUGUAAUAUGGUAAUAGAUUGAAUAAUGUAAGGGCCUAUGUCUGAGAGAUUUAGACAAUGAGUCCCAAUGACAGUGUCCUCAACCAUUCUCCAUUCACGGUGCACUUACUGUACAGUAGCCACGCUGGAUAACAGCAUGAUGAAGCUCAAAUAAACAUAUUCUGUACCACACUCAUUCAUCAUUCUGCACAGAGAUGACCCUCAUAUGAAUCAUAUUACAAGAAAUGCACCCUAUUCUUAUUAAAAGGAAGAAAAUCAAUAGGAAUUCUUUAUGUAUCUCAUGUUCUUUUUUUUGUCAUUUAGCAGACGCUCUUAUCCAGAGUGACUUACAGUAGUGAGUGCAUACAUUUUCAUACUGGUCCCCCGUGGGAAGCAAACCCACAACCCUGGCGUUGCAAGCGCCGUGCUCUACCAACUGAGGUACAUGGUUCUCCAGAUGUACACUACCGUUCAAAAGUUUGGGGUCACUUAGAAAUGUCCUUGUUUUCGAAAGAAAAGCAAUUUUUUUGUCCAUUCAAAUAACAUAAAAUUGAUCAGAAAUACAGUGUAGACAUUGUUAAUGUUGUAAAUGGCUAUUGUAGCUGGAAACGGCUAUUCUGGCUCUAAUGCACAACUGAGCAAGAGGACAAAUACAUUAGAGUGUCUAGUUGGAGAAACAGGCACCUCACAGGUCCUCAACUGGCAGCUUCAUUAAAUAGUACCUGCAAAACACCAGUCUUAACAUCAACAGUGAAGAGGCGACUCCGGGAUGCUGACCUUCUAGGCAGAGUUGCAAAGAAAAAGCCAUAUCUCAGACUGGCCAAUAAAAAUAAAAGAUUAAGAUGAGCAGUCUGAGAUAUGGCUUUUUCUUUCCAACUCUGCCUAGAAGGUCAGCAUCCCGGAGUCGCCUCUUCACUGUUGACGUUGAGACUGGUGUUUGCGCUGUUCUGUGAAGGGAGUAGUACACAGCGUUGUACGAGAUCUUCAGUUUCUUGGCAAUUUCUUGCAUGGAAUAGCCUUCAUUUCUCAGAACAAGAAUAGACUGACGAGUUUCAGAAGAAAGUUAUUUGUUUCUGGCCAUUUUGAGCCUGUAAUCGAACCCACAAUUGCUGAUGCUCCAGAUACUCAACUAGUCUCAAGAAGGCCAGUUUUAUUGCUUCUUUAAUCAGCACAACAGUUUUCAGCUGUGCUAACAUAAUUGCAAAAGGGUUUUCUAAUGAACAAUUAGCCUUUUAAAAUGAUAAACUUGGAUUAGCAAACACAACGUGCCAUUGGAACACAGGACUGAUGGUUGCUGAUAAAGGGCAUCUGUACGCCUAUGUAGAUAUUCCAUUAAAAAUCAGCCAUUUCCAGCUACAAUAGCCAUUUACAACACUAACAAUGUCUACACUGUAUUUCUAAUCAAUUUGAUGUUAUUUUAAUGGACAAAAAACUGAUUUUCUUUCAAAAACAAGGACAUUUGUAUGUGACCCCAAACUUUUGAACGGUAGUGUAUAUGUGUGAUCAAACAAAUUGCACUUUAUAAUACAGCAUGGAGCUAGGUUAGGAGGAGCCUGUACUUCUGAAAAACAAUGUGGCUGUGUGUGUGUGUGUUUAGAUGGCAUUGGAGCGCUAGGGGAUGGAGCACUUUUGGCCUGUGUCUGUACAUCUUCAGACACUAGACACUAUGGCUCCGAUAGAUAGGGGGCCAGCGGCUCCAACGAGGUAAAAUACCAUUAUAGUUUAUUUAUAUCUAUUAAUAAAUGUGACCAAAUACCAGAGGGGACAAAUAAUGGUGAUGGGAUAUUUGAUACUUCCUGCUAUUUUUAUGUAAGAGUAUCCAUCAAUAGUCCAAUACUGUAGUAACACGUUUUGAUUGAACAGUGUGUGUGUGAGUUGUCCAUUGUUGAUGCAGUUGUGACCUAUUGGAAGGUCAUAAUAAUAUCAAAAUGAGAUCAGGACAUUAGAGACAUAUUAUAUAUUUAUUGAGCUUCUCAAAGCAAAACAUGGCAAAAUAGCUAAAGUUUGAAAGCUUUCCAUGAGAUAAAACUCAGCAGCUUGAAACAGAUGGUGUGCUGGAAAAGAUCCUAACGCGUUUCUUUUUUUUCAAAUCACUAAACUCUUAUAUCAUGCUUGUUAAUCAUUGUGCUGCCCUCCCCCUUUCUCUUUCUCUUCAUUUCUUCCUCUUGUUCUGCUUAUUAUCUGCUCAGUGGGUGCCUGUGCUGUUUCUCCUUCUCUCUCUCUCCCCUCUUGCUCCUUCUCCCUCUACCCCGCUCUCUCUCCUUCUCCCUCUACCCCGCUAUCUCUCCUUCUCCCUCUACCCCACUCUCUCUCCUUCUCCCUCUACCCCGCUCUCUCUCCUUCUCCCUCUACCCCGCUCUCUCUCCUUCUCCCUCUACCCCGCUCUCUUUCCUUCUCCCUCUACCCCUCUCUCUCUAUUUCCCACUUUUUCUCUAGCAGUCUCCCUCCCUCCCUCCCUCCCUCCCUCCCUCCCUCCCUCCCUCCCUCCCUCCCUCCCUCCCUCCCUCACUACCUCACUACCUCACUACCUCACUACCUCUCUCCCCUCCAGCCCUGAGGCCUUAAUCAUGUUAGGUCCUGGCAGGAUGGUGUCACAGUGCAGGAGACUCAGGAGCCAGCCCUACCUAGCCAAUGUGAAUGUAACCGGUGUGAAAUGGCUAGCUAGUUAGUGGUGACUGCUAGUAGCAUUUCAAUCAGUGACGUCACUUGCUCUGAAACAUUGAAGUAGUUGUUUCCCUUGCUCUGCAAGGGCCAUGGCUUUUGUGGAGCGAUAGGUAACAAUGCUUUGUUAAUGUGUUCAGAGGGUCCCUGGCAACAUCCUUUUCGAGACAACCAGGCUUAGUGACUCAGACCUCAGAAUAAUCAAACUCUUCACUGUACCUACAGAGGUGUGACCCUCCCUCCUUCCAUCCAUCCUUACUCUCUCUCUCUCUCUCUCUCUCUCUCUCUGCCUGCCUGCCUGCCUUGGAAAAUAAGUUAUCUUUCAUCCUGAUGUUCUCCCCCGAGCUAAAAGAGAUGUUAUGCUGAAUGUUAAGUGAUGACCCUUUAUGACCCCUCAUCAUGAUGAUGUAAGGACACAGUAUGAUACGGACAUUUCAAAAAUUAUUUGAGAAUAUCUUCACGUUGAUCGAUGACACUGACUGAAAUUGUUCUACAAGUGAGGUUUGACGGUUGCUAAAAUGAUCUGUCCACAAUUCCAAAUGUCCAAGUUCCCCCUGGGUCUACAUAACAAUGUAUGGUUCAACCUACCUGUAUGCCCUGUAGCCUUCUCCAACAUACUACUGUUGGCUUGUGCUGCACAGCUAAUUAUAUUUCUACAUCAAUGUAGGUAUUUGUGUGGUCCCACCUUCCUAUUAUACAUUUAAAAGAUCUCGUCUCCCUUCUCCUGUGGUGGCAGAUGGUGAGAGAGAGAAGAGAGCGAAAGAGGAGAGAGAAGGAGUCAGUAGGGAAGCAGCCUUACUAAUAAUAGAAACCACUUCAGGGCUACCAUAUCUUCCUUCUCUCUAACCCUCACAUUCUCUCUCCUCAUCAGACAGAUGCGUUAAUUGUUUACAGCACCCUACCAUGUGAUAUGACUAAGUGAUAAAAAAGAUGUACAGUCGUGGUCAAAAGUUUUGAGAAUGACACAAAUACUAAUUUUCACAAAGUCUGCUGCCUCAGUUUUGAUGAUAGCAAUUUGCAUAUACUCCAGAAUGUCAUGAUUAAUUGCAAAGUCCCUUUUUGCCAUGAAAAUGAACUUAAUCCCAAAAAACAUUUCCACUGCAUUUCAGCCCUGCCACAAAAGGACCAGCUGCCAUCAUGUCAGUGAUUCUUUCGUUAACACAGGUGAGAGUGUUGACAAGGACAAGGCUGGAGAUCACUCUGUCAUGCUGAUUGAGUUAGAAUAACAGACUGGAAGCUUUAAAAGGAGGGUGGUGCUUGAAAUCAUUGUUCUUCCUCUGUUAACCAUGGUUACCUGCAAGGAAACACGUGCCGUCAUCAUUGCUUGACACAAAAAGGGCUUCACAGGCAAGGAUAUUGCUGCUAGUAAGAUUGCACCUAAAUCAACCAUUUAUCGGAUCAUCAAGAACUUCAAGGAGAGAGGUUCAAUUGUUGUGAAGAAGACUUCAGGGCGCCCAAUAAAGUCCAGCAAGCGCCAGGACUGUCUCUUAAAGUUGAUUCAGCUGCGGGAUCGGGGCACCACCAGUGCAGAGCUUGCUCAGGAAUGGCAGCAGGCAGGUGUGAGUGCAUCUGCACGCACAGUGAGGCGAAGACUUUUGGAGGAUGGCCUGGUGUCAAGAAAGGCAGCAAAGAAGCCACUUCUCUCCAGGAAAAACAUCAGGGACAGACUGAUAUUCUGCAAAAGGUACAGGGAUUGGACUGCUGAGGACUGGGGUAAAGUCAUUUUCUGAUGAAUCCCCUUUCCGAUUGUUUGGGGCAUCCGGAAAACACCUUGUCCGGAGAAGACAAGGUGAGCGCUACCAUCAGUCCUGUGUCAUGCCAACAGUAAAGCAUCCUGAGACCAUUCAUGUGUGGGGUUGCUUCUCAGCCAAGGGAGUGGGCUCACUCACAAUUUUGCCUAAGAACACAGCCACGAAUAAAGAAUGGUACCAACACAUCCUCCGAGAGCAACUUCUCCCAACUAUCCAAGAACAGUUUGGUGAUGACCAAUGCCUUUUCCAGCAUGAUGGAGCACCUUGCCAUAAGGCAAAAGUGAUAACUAAGUGGCUCGGGGAACAAGGCCAGGAAACUCCCCAGACCUUAAUCCCAUUGAGAACUUGUGGUCGAUCCUCAAGAGGCGGGUGGACAAACAAAAACCCACAAAUACUGACAAACUCCAAGCAUUGAUUAUGCAAGAAUGGGCUGCCAUCAGUCAGGAUGUGGCCCAGAAGUUAAUUGACAGCAUGCCAGGGCGGAUUGCAGAGGUCUUGAAAAAGAAGGGUCAACACUGCAAAUAUUGACUCUUUGCAUAAACUUAAUGUAAUUGUCAAUAAAAGCCUUUGACACUUAUGGAAUGCUUGUAAUUAUACUUCAGUAUACCAUAGUAACAUCUGACAAAAAUAUCUCAUAACACUGAAGCAGCGACUUUGUGAAGACCAAUACUUGUGUCAUUCUCAAAACCUUUGACCACGACUGUACAGUACCAGUCAAAAGUUUGGACACACCUACUCAUUCAAGGGUUUUUCUUUAUUUUUACUAUUUUUUUUUACAAUGUAGAAUAAUAGUGAAGACAUCAAAACUAUGAAAUAACACAUAUGGAAUCAUGUAGUAACCAAAAAAUGUUAAACAAAUCAAAAUAUAUUUUAUAUUUGAGAUUCUUCAAAUAGCCACCCUUUGCCUUGAUGACAGCUUUACACACGCUUGGCAUUCUCUCAACCAGCUUCACCUGGAAUGCUUUUCCAACAGUCUUGAAGGAGUUCCCAUAUAUGCUGAGCACUUGUUGGCUGCUUUUCCUUCACUCUGCUGUCCAACUCAUGCCAAACCAUCUCAAUUGGGUUGAGAUCGGAGGAUUAUGGAGGCCAGGUCAUCUGAUGCAGCACUCCAUACCUCUCCUUCUUGGUAAAAUAGCCCUUACACAGUCUGGAGGUGUGUUGGGUCAUUGUCCUGUUGAAAAACAAAUGAUUGUCCCACUAAGCCCAAACCAGAUGGGAUGGUGUAUCGCUGCAGAAUGCUGUGGUAGCCAUGCUGGUUAAGUGUGCCUUGCACAGUGUCACCAGCAAAGCACCCCCACACCAUAACACCUCCUCCUCCAUGCUUUACAGUGGGAACUACACACGCAGAGAUCAUCCGUCCACCCACACCGCAUCUCACAAAGACAAUCCCCAGACCUUAAUUCCAUUGAGAACUUGUGGUCCAGCGGUUGGAACCAAAAAUCUCAAAUUUGGACUCCAGACCAAAGGACACAUUUCCACCGGUCUAAUGUCCAUUACUCAUGUUUCUUGGCCCAAGCAGGUCUCUUCUUCUUAUUGGUGUCCUUUAGUAGUGUCAGCUUCCUGCUUCUCCUGUUUGUCUCCGGGCCUCUAGAGGUCAGCUGUGUUCCCCUCUGCCUUAGUUCUUCCUCGUGUGUCCUCAUUAGUUUGAUCCAGGUCACCUGUGCCUUGUUUUCCCUUUAGUAUUUUAGCUGUGUGUUUUCCCCUUGUUUCUCACUUGGUUAUUGCGUCCUGACUAUGUGUCUCCUGCUUUGUUCCACCGUGUCUGUCCUAGUAAGCUGUUCGAAGUUAUCUUUAGUUUGUUUUUCUCCCCUCGUGGAGUUGUUUUGUUUUGCCUCCUGUUUUGGAACAUUAAAUCAACUUACCUGGAGUAUUGCCUUGGGUGUUUCAUUUGGGUCCUACAACAUCUCCUCUGUGGCUAAGGGGUAGUACCCCCAGCUUUCCACAUCUGAGACCGGAGUUCUAGCCCGGCUUGUGACAGAAUAACCAAGUCACUCAUGGACCCAGAAACACUCAGUUCCCAGGACCUGUUGGCGGUGAUCACUCGACAUGAGGCUUCUUUCCAGCGCCAUGAAGCCGUUCUCAGCCGACAAGAGGAGCUGAUGGCUAGUCAUUCUCAACUCCUGGCCGAAAUGAUGAGUUCCCUCCGCCAGCUCGUUGAACGCCUCCCUGGUCCUCUCCCUUCCCCCAGGUCACCCCCCAGUGACGACAGGCCUUCUCGGUUGGCGGAGCCCCGACUACCACCUCCCAAGCCCUUUUCUGGGGAUCCAAGCUCUUGCCAGGGUUUCCUCACCCAAUGCUCCCUCACCUUCGAGCUCCAACCCUCAAGUUUUCCCACAGACCGUUCCAAGAUUGCCUACAUCAUUACCCUUCUUUCAGACAAGGCGCUCGCCUGGGCUUCUGCGGUGUGGCAGUCCCAGGAGGCCUGUUGUGACUCCCACGCUGCAUUUGUAGAAGAGUUCAAGCGGGUGUUCGAUCAUCCUGUCAGUGGGCGGGAGGCUUCCAAGCGCCUACUGUCUCUUCGUCAGGGCUCCCGAAGCACGGCAGAUUUUGCCAUUGAGUUCCGGACCAUAGCAGCAAGGAGCGGAUGGAAUGAUGAAGCGCUGAGGGUCUGCUUUCAGGGAGGGUUAUCUGAGCCUCUUCAAGAUGAGUUAGCCACCCGGGAACCAGCUGGAGAUCUCGAGUCCCUCAUAGCCUUGGCCAUCCGCCUGGACAAUCGUCUAAGAGAGCGGAGAACGGCUCGCCGUCAGGUGUCUCAGUCCCAAGUUCCUCUGAGCAGCGCUGUUUCUCCUGUUUGGACUCCGUCAUUCAGAGCUUCCCCGGCUCCUGAACUGCUCCAGGAUUCCCCGGAGAGCAUGCAGUUAGGCCGUUCCAGGCUUUCUCCCAACGAAAGGGAACGUCGCAUGAGGGAGCGUCGGUGCCUCUACUGCGGGGUUGCCGGCCACUUCCGCUCCACUUGCCCCGAGCUUUCGGGAAACGUCUGUCCCCGCCCAGCUACAGGAGGGCUGUGAUGGGGAGAAUUAGAGCGCCUCCUACUAACGCUGUCCUGGCUAUUCCAGCCACUCUGUCCUGGGGGGGCCACCAGCAUCGGGUCCAGGCUAUGAUCGAUUCCGGUGCCGCAGGUGAUUUCCUGGAUGUAACCUUGGCUAAGGAACUUAAGAUCCCUACCCAACUACUUCCUCAACCCCAGGCAGUUACAGCCUUAGAUGGCAGACCUCUGGAACCAGGAAAGGUUACCGAGGCGACUCAGUCCCUGCGACUUACCAUCUCUCAACACCAGCAGGAGGAGACCUUCUAUCUUAUUGACUCUCCCGAGUAUCCUAUUAUCCUGGGUCACCCUUGGCUAUGCAGACAUAAUCCCCAGAUCGACUGGCCUACUGGCACCAUUCUAAGCUGGGGUCCCACUUGCCAACUCACCUGCAUGCUUCAGAGUCCCUCAGCCCCUAGUACCCAGUUUCAAGAGUCUGUUGACGUCUCCCGAGUCCCCAGUGUUUACCAUCGAUUCAAGGCAGUGUUCAGCAAGGCCCGGGCUACUGCCUUACCGCCUCAUCGCACGUAUGACUGUGCCAUUGAUCUACUCCCUGGGUGCUGCCCUCCUAGAGGUCGGAUCUUUUCCUUGUCCUCCCCCGAGCACGCAGCUAUGGACACCUACAUUAAGGAGUCCUUGGCAGCCGGCCUCAUCUAUGCCUCUACUUCCCCGGCUGGGGCGGGCUUCUUUUUUGUUGAAAAGAAAGACGGGGGUCUUAGGCCUUGUAUUGAUUACCGGGGACUCAACAAGAUCACGGUUCGGAAUCGAUACCCCCUUCCUCUCAUGGCCACUGCUUUUGAGCUGCUUCAAGGGGCUUCCAUUUUUACUAAGCUGGAUCUCCGCAAUGCUUACCAUCUCGUGCGGAUCCGGCAAGGAGACGAAUGGAAGACGGCGUUCAACACGCCCACGGGGCACUAUGAAUAUCGGGUGAUGCCGUUCGGGCUCACCAAUGCCCCCGCAGUAUUCCAAGCCCUGAUUAAUGAUGUUCUCCGGGAUAUGCUUAAUCUGUUCGUCUUCGUGUACCUGGACGAUAUCCUCAUCUUCUCGAGGUCACUGAAGGAGCAUGAGGGGCAUGUUAGCCGGGUUCUCCAGAGGCUCCUUGACAAUCACCUCUACAGUGGGGAAAAAAAGUAUUUGGUCAGCCACCAAUUGUGCAAGUUCUCCCACUUAAAAAUAUGAGAGAGGCCUGUACUUUUCAUCAUAGGUACACGUCAACUAUGACAGACAAAAUGAGAAAAAAAAAUCCAGAAAAUCACAUUGUAGGAUUUUUAAUGAAUUUAUUUGCAAAUGAUGGUGGAAAAUAAGUAUUUGGUCAAUAACAAAAGUUUUGUCAAUCCUUUGUUAUAUACCCUUUGUUGGCAAUGACACAGGUCAAACGUUUUCUGUAAGUCUUCACAAGGUUUUCACACACUGUUGCUGGUAUUUUGGCCCAUUCCUCCAUGCAGAUCUCCUCUAGAGCAGUGAUGUUUUGGGGCUGUCGCUGGGCAACACGGACUUUCAACUCCCUCCAAAGAUUUUCUAUGGGGUUGAGAUCUGGACAUUGGCUAGGCCACUCCAGGACCUUGAAAUGCUUCUUACGAAGCCACUCCUUCGUUGCCCGGGCGGUGUGUUUGGGAUCAUUGUCAUGCUGAAAGACCCAGCCACGUUUCAUCUUCAAUGCCCUUGCUGAUGGAAGGAGGUUUUCACUCAAAAUCUCACGAUACAUGGCCCCAUUCAUCCUUUCCUUUACACGGAUCAGUCGUCCUGGUCCCUUUGCAGAAAAACAGCCCCAAAGCAUGAUGUUUCCACCCCCAUGCUUCACAGUAGGUAUGGUGUUCUUUGGAUGCAACUCAGCAUUCUUUGUCCUCCAAACACGACGAGUUGAGUUUUUACCAAAAAGUUAUAUUUUGGUUUCAUCUGACCAUAUGACAUUCUCCCAAUCCUCUUCUGGAUCAUCCAAAUGCACUCUAGCAAACUUCAGACGGGCCUGGACAUGUACUGGCUUAAGCAGGGGGACACCUCUUGCACUGCAGGAUUUGAGUCCCUGGCGGCGUAGUGUGUUACUGAUGGUAGGCUUUGUUACUUUGGUCCCAGCUCUCUGCAGGUCAUUCACUAGGUCCCCCCGUGUGGUUCUGGGAUUUUUGCUCACCGUUCUUGUGAUCAUUUUGACCCCACGGGGUGAGAUCUUGCGUGGAGCCCCAGAUCGAGGGAGAUUAUCAGUGGUCUUGUAUGUCUUCCAUUUCCUAAUAAUUGCUCCCACAGUUGAUUUCUUCAAACCAAGCUGCUUACCUAUUGCAGAUUCAGUCUUCCCAGCCUGGUGCAGGUCUACAAUUUUGUUUCUGGUGUCCUUUGACAGCUCUUUGGUCUUGGCCAUAGUGGAGUUUGGAGUGUGACUGUUUGAGGUUGUGGACAGGUGUCUUUUAUACUGAUAACAAGUUCAAACAGGUGCCAUUAAUACAGGUAACGAGUGGAGGACAGAGGAGCCCCUUAAAGAAGAAGUUACAGGUCUGUGAGAGCCAGAAAUCUUGCUUGUUUGUAGGUGACCAAAUACUUAUUUUCCACCAUCAUUUGCAAAUAAAUUCAUUAAAAAUCCUACAAUGUGAUUUUCUGGAUUUUUUUUUCUCAAUUUGUCUGUCAUAAUUGACUUGUACCUAUGAUGAAAAUUACAGGCCUCUCUCAUCUUUUUAAGUGGGAGAAAUUGCACAAUUGGUGGCUGACUAAAUACUUUUUUUCCUCACUGUACGUUAAGCCUGAGAAGUGUGAAUUUCAUGUUUCUCAGACUCAGUUUCUCGGGUUUAUUGUCACUCCCGGGCACCUAGAGAUGGAUCCCAAGAAGGUCAAGGCGGUCCACGAUUGGCCCACACCUGCCACGGUCAAGGAGGUUCAACGGUUCAUUGGCUUUUCUAACUUCUAUCGGAAGUUCAUCAGGAAUUUCAGCUCGGUGGUAGCCCCUUUGACGACGCUUACCAAGGGAGGAGGGACCAAGAUUCACUGGGGUCCGGAAGCAGCAGGGGCCUUCGAGGAUCUCAAGCGCCGCUUCACUUCUGCUCCGAUUCUGGUGACCCCUGACCCAGAAAGACCUUUCGUGGUGGAGGUGGACGCCUCUGAGGUGGGGGUGGGAGCCGUCCUGUCACAGAGGGGUGCGGAUGGGAGAUUACACCCUUGUGCCUUCAUGUCUCGCCGCCUGUCUGAGGCCGAGCGCAACUACCACGUGGGGGACCGAGGUCCCCAAUUCUCGUCCCGGUUUUGGGGGGCCUUCUGCAGGCUUGUGGGGGCCACAGCCAGCCUAUCGUCGGGGUUCCAUCCAGAGUCUAAUGGUCAAACGGAACGGAUUAAUCGGGAUCUGGAGACCACCCUGCGGUGUAUGGCGGCCAGUAAUCCCACGUCUUGGGCCACCUAUAUCAUUUGGGCUGAAUAUGCCCACAACACCCUCCAGUCCUCAGCCACCGGAUUGUCCCCCUUCGAAUGCCAGUUCGGUUACAACCCUCCAUUAUUUCCAGAGGAGGAGGCGCAAGUUGGUGUUCCCUCGGCCCAGCGCUUUGUCCAACGCUGUAGGCGGACCUGGAAGAAGGCCAGGCGUGCCCUCCUUCGGACCUCCCAGAGAUACCAAGGUCAGGCUAAUCGCCACCGCCGGACGGCCCCUAGUUUCCGAGCUGGUCAGAGAGUUUGGUUGGCCACUAAGAACCUGCCCCUCCGGGUCGAGUCCAAGAAGCUUUCCCAGAGAUACAUCAGCCCUUUCCGCAUUGCUAGAAAGGUUAACCCUGUGUCUUAUCGUUUGGUUCUCCCUCGUUCCCUUAGAAUUAACCCCACUUUCCAUGUUUCACUUAUUAAACCUGUCUUGUCUUCUCCCUUUGCCCCCCCACGCAGACCCCCGCCACCUCCCAGGAUCAUUGACGGCCAGCCAGCCUACACAGUCCGCCGGAUACUGGACUCCCGGAGGGUCCAGAACUCUCUGCAGUAUCUGGUGGACUGGGAGGGCUACGGGCCAGAGGAGCGCUCCUGGGUUCCAGCCAGGGACAUCCUGGACCCAGGGUUGAUCCGAGAUUUUCGCACCCGGGGGCCAGGGUGUUCUGGAAGGAACGUCAGGAGUCGUUCCUAGAGGAGGGGGUCCUGUCAGCUUCCUGCUUCUCCUGUUUGUCUCCGGGCCUCUAGAGGUCAGCUGUGUUCCCCUCUGCCUUAGUUCUUCCUCGUGUGUCCUCAUUAGUUUGAUCCAGGUCACCUGUGCCUUGUUUUCCCUUUAGUAUUUUAGCUGUGUGUUUUCCCCUUGUUUCUCACUUGGUUAUUGCGUCCUGACUAUGUGUCUCCUGCUUUGUUCCACCGUGUCUGUCCUAGUAAGCUGUUCGAAGUUAUCUUUAGUUUGUUUUUCUCCCCUCGUGGAGUUGUUUUGUUUUGCCUCCUGUUUUGGAACAUUAAAUCAACUUACCUGGAGUAUUGCCUUGGGUGUUUCAUUUGGGUCCUACAACAUCUCCUCUGUGGCUAAGGGGUAGUACCCCCAGCUUUCCACAUCUGAGACCGGAGUUCUAGCCCGGCUUGUGACAAGUAGUGAUUUCUUUGCAGCAAUUCGACCUUGAAGGCCUGAUUCACACAGUCCCCUCUGAACAGUAGCCACGCUGAUUUUGUUGAUUUUGAGAUGUGUCUGUGACUUGAACUCUGUGAAGCAUUUAUUUAGGCUGCAAUUUCUGAGGCUGGUAACUCUAAUGACCCUAUCCUCUGCAGCAGAGGUAACUCUGGUUCUUCCAUUCCUGUGGCGGUCCUCAUGAGAGCCAGUUUCAUCAUAGCGCUUGAUGGUUUUUGCCACUGCACUUGAAGAAACUUUCAAUGUUCUUGAAAUGUUCCGUAUUGACUUACCUUCAUGUCUUAAAGUAAUGAUGGACUGUCAUUUCUCUUUGCUUAUUUGAGCUGUUCUUGCCAUAAUAUGGACUUGAUCUUUUACCAAAUAGGGCUAUCUUCUGUAUACCACCCCCCUACCUUGUCACAACACAACUGAUUGGCUCAAACGCAUUAGAAGGAAAGAAAUUCCACAAAUUAACUUUUAAGAAGGCACACAUGUUAAUUGAAAUGCAUUCCAGGUGACUACCUCAUGAAGCUGGUUGAGCGAAUGCCAAGAGUGUGCAAAGAUUUCAUCAAGGCAAAGGGUGGCUAUUUGAAGAAUCUCAAAUGUAAAAUAUAUAUAUAUACACGUAUUUGUUUAACACUUUUUUGGUUACUACAUGAUUCCAUAUGUGUUAUUUCAUAGUUUUGAUGUCUUCACUAUAAUUCUACAAUGUAAAAAUAGGAAAAAUAAAGAAAAACCCUUGAAUGAGUAGGUGUGUCUAAACUUUUGACUGGUAGUGUAUGUCUAGAGCGUCAAUACUAGUAGGAGAAAUUGAAAACCUCUCUGUGGACUUGCGUAAUGGUGGGAUGGAUGAUUUGAACUUUAGCCAAUUUUGCCACACUUCUACUCCAGUUGUGCCAUUCUAUUCCACUGAGCCAUUUACUUUAUGUUCGUAUUCUUAUCUUUUAUUAUUUCUUGUUGUUGUUGCAUUGUCGAGAAGGAAACUGUAAGCAUUUCGUUGGACGAAGUAUUCCAUGCGUAUUCCGUACAUACGACUAAUUAAACUUGAAACUUCAGUGGGUUUGAGGUAAACAAAUGGUGUUCUUGACAAGGAUGCUUUUUAAUGAAUAACCAGAAAGAAUGGUGAGAGAAAAAUAGACAGCACCUGUGACUUCAUAUACACUGAUUGUUCUCAACAAUUUGUCAAGUCACGAGUGAUGUCUGUAAACUGUUCAUCAGCGUCACUCGUCAUUUCUCUGCUUUAAACAUUCCUCUGUACCUUCCCUUUCUGUUUACUCUUAAUGAGAGUGGAAGGGCUGAAACAAUAACAGAAGCCAGGUUGGUCUCUAGGUGCUUAUUUCCAGCAGAUGCACGACUGUAUUAAUGUCCGUUACCCUGAUGCUGCAUCUCCCCGGUGUACCGGUGCACCGGCCUGCGGUUUAAUUUCGUUAAAGUCUAGGCAGAUUACGGAAUCCUCUGCGCUGCUGUCAUCGAGAGCGGGUCGGAUGGGAGGCGGUUGGGAGAGGCACAUUGAUAAGGGCAGCUGCUCUCGGGAGAUUUCCCUGGAGGAGACGGGGAGAGACGGGGUAGAGAUAAGGCUGCCAGGGCAUGGCGGCCAUCAGGUAAGAGCGUUAGGCCAGGGCCACCUCCAUCAGGACGCAGCAGGCAGGCAGAGGUUGAGUCUCCUAUUAUCUGAUAGACAGCUUACACACCGGGAGAACAUACACUGUUGUUGGCGGUGUCAAAGGGCUUAAGGGCUGCAUUCUGAUUGGAUUCACCGAGCCUGACACAAAAAGAUCAACAAAUAGAUUGAUAGAAAUAAGUUGAAUUAUUUUUGGUCUGACUCACUAUAGAAAUUAAAAAGUUGCCUCUGGAGAACAGAGUUACCAUCUGAACUUCAAAAGGAGAGGGGGAAAACAAAACCCCUUGAUAGCAUGAGCCCUUGAUAGCAUGAGCCUUUUGCAAAACGCAUAGAGGAGUCUUGUGUUUGAAAAGGGUAAAAUAAACGUUGAUUGGUUCAACUUUACACAGGAAGUCAAUGUGCAUAAACACACACAAUUUUUGUUUUGUUUUAAUGUAAAUGCCCAUUUGAAAACCUUGCCUUAGGCACAUCAACCAUUUAUGUUAACUCUCACUCAGUUCUAUCAAUUAUUUUGUUUAUCUGACACAAAAAUAACUUCAAACAAAAUGCCAUUUCAAUAUAACAGCAGGAAAAAGCUCCAUAAAUAUAUUCCCUUUCAUUUAGAAGCCCUCACCACCACCAGAUAGAUAAAGACAAGACUACAAUAACUACUGCUGACUGCAGCCUCUCCCAGGCUCCCGCAGGGUUUCAGAGAAAGAGGUGCAGGCAGGGAACACACUCUUUGGUGAAAAGAACGUGCCUAGUUACACGAUUCCCCACAGUCUGAAUUGACUGUUGCGCAGACGAAAUUAUAAAUGUGUGUCUGUGUACGUGUAUAUGUACGUUUGUGUGUAUUUAUUUGCAUGCAUGUGUAUGUAGGCUAUGUGCGUGUAUGAGAGUGUAUGUGGUUAUGUGCGUCCGUGUGUGUGCAAGCAGUGUUUGUGCGUGCGUGUGUAUGUCCAUUGAUGAUCCAUUCCUGUACCACCUGUUUCUCUAUAUCUCAUCCUGUGUGUGUGGUCGACAGAUAGAGAUGUACUCUUCUCCUCCUUUUAUAAUCUGAGGGAUUCAGUUUAAGGGUGAUUAGUACUGAUCUACAUUAUUAUUUAACCCAUUUCUAUAAUGUCUAUACUGGAUUCACUUAUAUUGGCUAGCCUCACAGCUCGUUUCACAGCUAACACCAGUAGACUGGAUAUGUACUGUUGGUAGUUGUGAUUUGUUGAUAUGGGACCCUUACAAUACAGGGUCUUAAAAUGAUUUGAUGCUGAAUGCUAGAAAUGCUUACAUAAUUGUUCAACCAAGGGCAUGUUGGCCCAUGUGUUAAUGGCUGUGGCGAUAUAUUUAUAGCUCUCUUUAGAGCCAUUAACCCCGUGACCUGACACACUAACAACCCAAGCAGGAUCUGCUAUUGUUAUUCAGCAGAUCUGGACGAGGCAUAUCUGGAAGCUGCUAAUGCAAUUAACCUCAAACAACAUAACACACUGGGGUGAUUACAUUAGCGUCAAACCCAUGUCUGUCUGUCUCCACGACUGCACUGAUAGUGUCAGAUACGGGAACUAGAUUGAAAGAGGUGAAACUUAAGUUUAGAUUGUCAUAAAUCAUAAAUACAUUCAUAUUUAUCUUAAAUGCAUAUAUUUCACUGAUUUCACAUUACAUUGAUGUAUCUUUGGCUCACACACAUCAUAGAGGGAACCGACUGAAUUCAAGUAAUCAAUGACAACAUCCACAAAGCGGCGGAGGCUAAAGGAGACUGAUGAUGACAAAUUUACUAUGGUGUGAGGAUGGUAUUUUAAUCCUGGGGUGGGAUGGAGACUGGGGUGUCACAGCUUGACAUAUUGCUGUGGAGUAAGUGUGCCUUUUUUAUUCAAUUUCUAGGGUUGCUGCCAUACAUCACCCGUAGACUACAGCUCCUCUGACAACUGCAUGUCAGUAAGCCUUGGUGGUGAACUCAUCUCUCCCACACAACAACCACAAUGUGUUCAUUUGGCUUUUUUAAAAGUGGUAAAACACAACUUCACACAAACAACUAGCAAGGCCUUGAUCAGCACAGACAUGUACACUUUACAGUACAUACGUUGAUGCUUGGGAUGCAGACCGAGGGAGGUCAUAAAGAAAAAUAAUGUAGACGAGCUUUAGAGAAAAGUGUUUCUGUGACCAAGGACAUGGGAGAACUGAAAAUAUACCCUUAGAAAGUUAUUGAUUCUGCUGGAAGAAUCAUGUCCUGUAUUUUUACUGACAUGAUUUCACGGUUUGUCUGUAACUAAAUAGGACAUUCAAAAUGCUAAAAGAGGACUCGGUUUGUCUUCUCUCUAAUAUUUGUAAAGAAAUAUUGAAUAAACUGUCUGUAUCACAUGCAUGUCACACUGUGACUAUUUCAGUCCUCCCUCCAUUUGACACUAUUUCAGUCCUUCUUCCAUUUGACUUUGAUCUGGUGCAUAUCACCGACGGGAGGCCAGAGAGAAGAGAUGCUAAUGGCUGGAGUAAUUGCAUGCAUGGCAAGGCAAAAAAAAGAAUGAUGAGCAAAGAAAGAUAGAAAUCUGGGAAAGUAGGAUAAAGUGCUGUAAACGAUACCAUGGGAACUGGCUUGUGAGUACAUUACAUCACCACUUUUGACAAAUUAAAGGCAGGAAAUGGCUUUUUUAUUUAUUUUUAUUUCACCUUUAUUUAACCAGGUAAGAAUGUCCAUUGCCCUCUGUGAUGUAGUUUGUCAGGGAUGUCAGGAAGGCAUACGUCUCUGGCAUGGUUUGCUGGGUGCUUGACACAGUCACAGACAGUCUCUGGGAUGUUAGCAGGAUCACUGUCUCUUUGGGUGAAAUCGGAAUUUCCAGUGCUCAACUUUUCCUGAAAACACAGCAGUACUCUCCUCUUGUAACUCAAUAAAAAAAAUGUGUUGUUGUACUUUUUACCCCUUUUUCUCCCCAAUUGGUAGUUACAGUCUUGUCCCAUCGCUGCAACUCCCGUACGGACUCGGGAGAGGCGAAGGUUGAGAGCCAUGCGUCCUCCGAAACACGACCCCGCCAAGCCGCACUGCUUCUUGACACACUGCUUGCUAAAUCCGGAAGCCAGCCGCACCAAUGUGUCGGAGGAAACACCGUACAGCUGGUGACCGAAGUCAGAGUGCAUGCAACCGGCCCGUCACAAGGUGUCGCUAGAGCGCGAUGGGACAAGGACAUCCCGGCCGGCCAAACCCUCCCCUAACCCGGACGGCGCCUCAUGGGUCUGCAACACAGCCUGGGAUCAAACCCGGGUCUGUAGUGACACCUCUAGCACUGUGAUGCAGUGCCUUAGACUGCUGCACCACUCGGGAGGCCCUCACAUUACACAUUUUUGACAACGCUGGACAAUGGCUGUGUUUGUGUGUGUGUGUCAGGGGUUGGAAUCGAAAUUGUUUUUCAGUCGUUGCGUUCUGAACAGAACAACUAUUUUGUUGGUUUCGUUCCACUUUUCCGACCAGCAAAAUAAAGUUCUGAACCGGUUUGAAGGCGGGUAGCUUAAACAUACACAGGCAAAUAUUUUCAGCUUGCAUGCAGACACUGGAAUACGUUUCUGAUUGACAGAGUGAGGGCUUUGCAUAGGCGCUUUGUUGCAUUUUGUUGUGGGACCCAAAAUAAAUCGGUGAUGUAAAAUAACGUUAUUAACCGGUUCCAUGCUUUUAAAAUAAUGCUUCUGUUCCGGAACACUAUGGAUCACUUACGUUCCAGGUUCCGAUUAUGUUCCUUGAAAAAUUACGUUAUUUUCCAGCUUUCCAGUAGUCCAAAAUGUAUAACAGUAUGCUACGUUGAAACAAAAAGUCAGAAAUGGUCUAAAAAACACAUUACAGCCAAUGAAAUUACUGUUCAAUUUCUACCCAGCAACCCAAAAGCCAUUUGACAUAUUGAAUAAAGACAGCAAUGUCACAGCCAGCAACUAAUAUACAGUGGGGAGAACAAGUAUUUGAUACACUGCCGAUUUUGCAGGUUUUCCUACUUACAAAGCAUGUAGAGGUCUGUAAUUUUUUAUCAUAGGUACACUUCAACUGUGAGAGAUGGAAUCUAAAACAAAAAUCCAGAAAAUCACAUUGUAUGAUUUUUAAGUAAUUAAUUUGCAUUUUACUGCAUGACAUAAGUAUUUGAUCACCUACCAACCAGUAAGAAUUCCGUCUCUCACAGACCUGUUAGUUUUUCUUUAAGAAGCCCUCCUGUUCUCCACUCAUUACCUGUAUUAACUGCACCUGUUUGAACUCGUUACCUGUAUAAAAGACACCUGUCCACACACUCAAUCAAACAGACUCCAACCUCUCCACAAUGGCCAAGACCAGAGAGCUGUGUAAGGAUAUCAGGGAUAAAACUGUAGACCUGCACAAGGCUGGGAUGGGCUACAGGACAAUAGGCAAGCAGCUUGGUGAGAAGGCAACAACUGUUGGCGCAAUUAUUAGAAAAUGGAAGAAGUUCAAGAUGACGGUCAAUCACCCUCAGUCUGGGGCUCCAUGCAAGAUCUCACCUCGUGGGGCAUAAAUGAUCAUGAGGAAGGUGAGGGAUCAGCCCAGAACUACAUGGCAGGACCUGGUCAAUGACCUGAAGAGAGCUGGGACCACAGUCUCAAAGAAAACCAUUAGUAAAACACUACGCCAUCAUGGAUUAAAAUCCUGCAGCGCACGCAAGGUCCCCCUGCUCAAGCCAGCGCAUGUCCAGGCCCAUCUGAAGUUUGCCAAUGACCAUCUGGAUGAUCCAGAGGAGGAAUGGGAGAAGGUCAUGUGGUCUGAUGAGACAAAAAUAGAGCUUUUUGGUCUAAACUCCACUCGCCGUGUUUGGAGGAAGAAGAAGGAUGAGUACAACCCCAAGAACACCAUCCCAACCGUGAAGCAUGGAGGUGGAAACAUCAUUCUUUGGGGAUGCUUUUCUGCAAAGGGGACAGGACGACUACACCGUAUUGAGGGGAGGAUGGAUGGGGCCAUGUAUCGCGAGAUCUUGGCCAACAACCUCCUUCCCUCAGUAAGAGCAUUGAAGAUGGGUCGUGGCUGGGUCUUCCAGCAUGACAACGAUCCGAAACACACAGCCAGGGAAACUAAGGAGUGGCUCCGUAAGAAGCAUCUCAAGGUCCUGGAGUGGCCUAGCCAGUCUCCAGACCUGAACCCAAUAGAAAAUCUUUGGAGGGAGCUGAAAGUCCGUAUUGCCCAGCGACAGCCCCGAAACCUGAAGGAUCUGGAGAAGGCCUGUAUGGAGGAGUGGGCCAAAAUCCCUGCUGCAGUGUGUGCAAACCUGGUCAAGACCUACAGGAAACGUAUGAUCUCUGUAAUUGCAAACAAAGGUUUCUGUACCAAAUAUUAAGUUGUGCUUUUCUGAUGUAUCAAAUACUUAUGUCAUGCAAUAAAAUGCAAAUUAAUUACUUAAAAAUCAUACAAUUUGAUUUUCUUGAUUUUUGUUUUAGAUUCCGUCUCUCACAGUUGAAGUGUACCUAUGAUAAAAAUUACAGACCUCUACAUGCUUUGUAAGUAGUAAAACCUGCAAAAUCGGCAGUGUAUCAAAUACUUGUUCUCCCCACUGUAUACAGUAUCCUAUUAAAAGGAAUUUGGGAUUGGGUUGUCUGCCUGGUCGUCAGUAAUCUAGUUAAGUGAAGUCUUUGGUGUCCCAUCUCUUUCUUUAUUCACAUCAAAGAGAAGUAGCUUCAAAGUAGUUUGCGUUAGAAUGACCAUUGUCUCAAAGAGGAGGCACAGCUGGGAUCAUAGCCCUAUUCUCUCGGAUGUCUUUCAUUAAGCCCUCACAUGCUCUACAUAGCGUGCUCUGUAACUCGGCCACCAAUUUACAAGUCAAAGACAAACAGAGGCUUGCGAAAGUAUUCACCCCCCUUGGAAUGUUUCCUACUUUGUUGCCUUGCAACCUGGAAUUAGAAUUGAUUUUUUGGGGGUUUGUAUCAUUUGAUUUACACAACAUGCCUACCACUUUGAAGAUGCAAAAUAUUUUAUUUUGUGAAACAAACAAGAAAUAAGACAAAACAACAGAAACUUGAGCGUGCAUAACUAUUCACCACCCCAAAGUCAAUACUUUGUAGUGCCACCUUUUGCAGCAAUUACAGCUGCAAAUAUCUUGGGGUAUGUCUCUAUAAGCUUGGCACAUCUAGCCACUGGGAUCUUUGGCCAUUCUUCAAGGCAAAACUGCUCCAGCUCCUUCAAGUUGGAUGGGUUCCGCUGGUGUACAGCAAUCUUUAAGUCAUACCAAAGAUUCUCAAUUGGAUUGAGGUCUGGGCUUUGACUAGGCUAUUCCAAUACAUUUAAAUGUUUCCCCUUAAACCACUCGAGUGUUGCUUUAGCAGUAUGCUUAGGGUCAUUGUCCUGCUGGAAGGUGAACCUCCGUCCCAGUCUCAAAUCUCUGGAAGACUGAAACAGGUUUCACUCAAGAAUUUCCCUGUAUUUAGCGCCAGUUUCCCAGUCACUGCAGCUGAAAACCAUCCCCACAGCAUGAUGCUUCCACCACCAUGCUUCACUGUGGGGAUGGUGUUCUCGGGGUGAUGAGAGGUGUUGGGUUUGCGCCAGACAUAGCGUUUUCCUUGAUGGCCAAAAAGCUACAUUUUUGUCUCAUCUGACCAAAGUACCUUCUUCCAUAUGUUUGGGGAGUCUCCCAUAUGCCUUUUGGCGAACACCAAACGUGUUUGCUUAUUUUUUUCUUUAAGCAAUGGCUUUUUUCUGGCCACUCUUCCAUAAAGCCCAUCUCUGUGGAGUGUAUGGCUUAAAGUGGUCCUAUGGACAGAUACUCCAAUCUCCGCUGUGGAGCUUUGCAGCUCCUUCAGGGUUAUCUUUGGUCACUUUGUUGCCUCUCUGAUUAAUGCCCUCCUUGCCUGGUCCAUGAGUUUUGUGGGCGGCUCUCUCUUGGCUGGUUUAUUGUGGUGCCAUAUUCUUUCAAUUUUUUAAUAAUGAAUUGAAUGGUGCUCCGUGGGAUUUUCAAAGUUUUGGAUAUUUUUCUAUAACCCAACCCUGAUCUGUACUUCUCCACAACUUUGUCCCUGACCUGUUUGGAGAGCUCAUUGGUCUUCAUGGUGCCGCAUGCUUUGUGGUGCCCCUUGCUUAGUCGUGUUGCAGACUCUGGGGCCUUUCAGAACAGGUGUAUAUAUACUGAGAUCAUGUGACAGAUGAUGUGACACUUAGAUAGCAAACAGGUUAUUUUUGACUUCUGAAUGUAAUUGGUUGCACCAGAUCUUAUUUAGGGGCUUCAUAGCAAAGGGGGUGAAUACAUAUGCACGCACCACUUUCUGUUAUUAUUAUUAUUUUAUUUUUUUAAUAAGUUAUUUUUUUCAUUUCACUUCACCAAUUAAAAAAUGUAAAUCCAUUUAAAUUACAGGAUGUAAUGCAACAAAAUAGGAAAAAUGCCAAGGGGGAUGAAUACUUUUGCAAGGCAUUGUACAUGCAGUUAGUCAAUGUACACCAUUAUCACUUGGAUAAUUUAUUUUCUAUAAGCGUAAUUUGAAAUAACAAUGAUCCUCGUAACACUAUAAAAGAUAUAGGCCUAUAGUUUUAUAGUAAAACAGUGAAAUUGGUGUAAAACAGUGCCAAACUGUAAGAAAUAUCAUUGACUUAUGCUUUGGUUGUUUUCGUAGCAGCGAAUCAGAUUGAGGAUGACUGUCUCCCCGGAUCAAAGGCAGCUAAUUCCUCCUGCUGAUUGGUGCUGUAAUGCUAAUGCUGGAUUGGCCCCUUGGGAGCCAUGAUACAACACAUGGAUAGACUCCAAACAUGAUGAUCUAUAGCAUUAAAGAUCCCCAGUGGGCAGUGGUUCUUUAAACCUCAUCGUUAGUGGGGUUGAGAUGGUGCAAGGAUUUGAAUAUUUAAUGUAUAUGUCCUUAAUUUAACAAAAUAUAUUUGAUCUGGCAAACGAGCUCACAGGGUUAAAUUAAAGAUGCAUAAAAGAACAUGCCAUUUAGAAGAUGCUUAUAUCCAAAGCAAUUUACAGUCAUACGUGCAUACAUUCGAUGUAUGGGUGGCUCUAGCUGGAAUCAUACCGACUGAGCCCCACAGGACCACAUCCUGUACAUUUGGAUACUUUUGUGUUAGUUACAGGUAUGUAUAUGACAUUUUCUUACUUUGACAGUGGGGCUUAUCAUGAUACGUGACAGUGCAGAGUCAUAGCUACCCUCCUCUUGGGGGCUAUUAAAAAUGUGUCCCAAUGGGUUGCAGGUAAGGACAAGAUUCAAUCUGAAAGACCAUAUGGUGGCGUAGCAGGAAGAUUGGAAUGCUGUGAAACAGGAGGUUGUGAGUUCAAAUCCCUGGUGAGGACAUGUUGAAUAUGAAUUACUGUAUAAAUGAACAUGCGCAAUGUCAGCGUAUGUCAAAUAUGUAAAUUGGAAACAUUUAUAGGAUGUGAUUUCAGGUAUAGCUACUUUGAGGUAGUCAGGUGAAGGUUAUCAGUUUGGUAUUCCAUGUCUUUACAAAAAUGAUGUCUCUUAAUUAGGAAAGAACUCGACUCUAACGUCAAGAAAUAACUGGAAUGUUAGUUUGGCAACUGCAUGUUAUGGCAAAUACUAGAUCGAGAAAUAGAGACAAACACAACAAAACAACGCAACCAUGGACCAAGUAGCUGAAGACUCCACUAAAGUGAGUUUAGAGACACUACAAACAGAAAUUCGCACUGGCAAUGAGAAACUGUCCAAACAGAUGAAGAAAAUAUCAGAUAAUGUAAAAUAAAUCUAAACUGAUAUGACUGAACUGCGUGAAGGAGGCCGCAAUCGGGUUAACCCUGGAGAACAUUUCUCCAGAAAACUGUGGAUGAACAAAAAUACAUAAUUAAAUCAAAUCAAAUAAAAUCAAAUCAAAUUUUAUUGGUCACAUGCGCCGAAUACAACAGGUGCAGACAUUACAGUGAAAUGCUUACUUACAGCCCUUAACCAACAGUGCAUUUAUUUUAAACAAAAAAGUAAGAAUAAAACAACAACAAAAAAGUGUUGAGAAAAAAAGAGCAGAAGUAAAUAAAGUGACAGUAGGGAGGCUAUAUAUACAGUAAAAUAAAGUGACAGUAGGGAGGCUAUAUAUACAGGGGGGUACCGUUGCAUAGUCAAUGUGCGGGGGCACCGGCUAGUUGAGGUAGUUGAGGCAAUACGCACAUGUGGGUAGAGUUAAAGUGACUAUGCAUAAAUACUUAACAGAGUAGCAGCAGCGUAAAAAGGAUGGGGUGGGGGGGCAGUGCAAAUAGUCCGGGUAGCCAUGAUUAGCUGUUCAGGAGUCUUAUGGCUUGGGGGUAGAAGCUGUUGAGAAGUAUUUUGGACCUAGACUUGGCACUCCGGUACCGCUUGCCGUGCGGUAGCAGAGAGAACAGUCUAUGACUAGGGUGGCUGGAGUCUUUGACAAUUUUGAGGGCCUUCCUCUGACACCGCCUGGUAUAGAGGUCCUGGAUGGCAGGGAGCUUUGCCCCAGUGAUGUACUGGGCCGUACGCACUACCCUCUGUAGUGCCUUGCGGUCUUACUGAAAGAUUAAACGGGAUGGAGGACUUCAGUCGCCAUUCAAAUCUUUGUUUAGUAAAUUUCCCCGAAAGCUGUGGAACAACUGGAAUGGAAGAAUUCCUGGAAAUGGUAAUACCAUAACUACUGGGCCAGGAGAACUUCACACUGGCUCCCACUGAAUGAGCACAUUGAACAGAUGGCCCGAGAGGGCACGAGCAGCAAACCAAGGGGCAUCAUCGCAAAUUCCUUAACUAUACACAGUAAAAUCACCAGUGUUAAAUUCACACUGUCAACAGUGAUCGACUCCCAUAGAGUUGUUUUAACAACUGGCAGUGCCAAAUGACCCCUAGCGUCAGUGCUGAUAACUGGUGUCAAUUGCUAAGGUAUAACAUUUUACCCUAUUAGUGUAGACUUUUACUCAGCUAACUAGCUCGCCCCUGUCCUGUGCAGUUAGUCUGCUCCACGUGGUGGUUCCAUGGGCACGUGUCUCAUUUCAGCACCAAGCUUUUUUUUGCCUCAUGCUAGUUUGUUCUCUUUAUUUCAGCUGCUUACUAUAUAUUGAGGACUAAUCUGAUUAAGGUGAGUUGUUUAUUUAGCAAAUUAGACAUUAAUUUUACGACUUGUGGGUGAUGCUUUUAGAUAAAUGUUGUGGCCAUUGCAUCGGCAGCUAUCUAGUCUAGCUAACUGCGUUUCCCACUCGCUUUAUCACCAGUUCAUUUUGGUGGUCUUGUAAGACUGCUCCUAGAACAUGACAACAUAAUAUAGUGACUAGCUGGAAUUAUGAGUGUAUUUUACUGGACUAAUUAGGCCGUGUCCAUAUUUCGGGACAGUGAAUGUGAGUUGAAUAGUCUGUUUGCUAUAGUUUGGGUCCUGCUUCAAGUAAUAUCAGACAAGUUGUGGUCAUGUUCCAAUAUUUUCAUAACAUACUUUGAAAUUAGCAUUGCUAAGUAAAGGAGUAUUGGUGAAAACGUUUGUAGUCAUCCUUAUAAUGUGUCAUGAUUGAAAUACAAAUGUAUUUAACUGCUUUCAGACCUAGUCAUGCUGAUCAGGGUGAAAUUCAAUGGUGAACAAAAAAAUGUCAAGAUCAUUGACCUGACACUUGAAAACCUUUUGAUUUGUGAUUGGAAAUAAAUGUAUUGUUUUCAUACAUUUACAAGUCAGUCUGAUUACUCUUACCAUUACGAUUGAAAUUCUAAUUGUAGGUUGUUGUUUUAAUGUUUGUCACAGCUUUCCUGAAAUUUGAGAUCCCACGUACUAGUUUAUCAGAGGCAAAGCUGUAUGAUGGGUCUUGAAUUGAAGUUGAUGGGGAUGUGUUUGAGGAGGUGGUGAAACGGCCAGAUCUUGAUGUUUUCAAGCUCACACUGAACAAUGAUGGUAAAGGUAUGUGCUGGUUUUCAAGUCUUGGUUACUUGUGGCAUCACUUUCAAUAUAACCAUACAUUUGACAUGCCUGUAUUGUCAUCUUUGUGUAUUUCAGAAUCUUCCCUGAUGAGUCCUGUCUCCGCCAGUUCUGUGAUGGGUGUUCAGACCAUGAGUCGAAUUAUACAAUCAUUUGGAGCGAGGAUGGAAGCCACUCAUGAAAGUAUCAAAGAUCUGAUGACGAAGCAAACAAUUUAAGUUUGUAAUUUAUUCUUCAAUUCACUUGCCAUCAAAUUUAUUUUUCACUGCUGUUUUGUUUUGUUUUGUUUUUUACAGCUAAUAGAGAGCAUACUGAAGAAAAAGCCUGGUGGAGAGUUUGUCAUCAAGGAAUACUCCAAAACUAAAAGCCUGACUGACUGCACAAGACGAAAGAUGAUCAACAUUCUUGUUUCGGCGAUGACAGAGACUCACGGGAAAGUUUAAAGGAAAGAUUCAUAAUGAAAAUAGUUGAGCAGUACUAUUGGUAGAAGGUUUCUCUUGUAUCAAACUUGAUGGGCAUGAUACUGCUUCAAAAAUUACUCCUGAUAUUUAGCUGACUGGGGACCAAUGCUGCUUGUGGAGAUUCUGAUUGCCACCUAAACAUAACAUUAUAUUCUUGUCAGGACAUCACCACCGCACAGUGUGAGAGAAAUGUUUGCAUAAGGCAUCGUCUCCUUGUUCUCAUACCUGAAGGAUCCCUACACCGCAAAUGGAUA